AUGGAAGCUAUGUUUUCAUGUGGCAGAGUUGCAUUUGCAAUCAUAACAAUAUUAUGCUGCUUCACUUCCCCUGCAAUUGCAUGCCCCCUCUCUGAAAGAAACCUUCUCCUGGAUUUCAAGGCAGCAGUUGUAGAUGAGUAUAACACUCUAACUUCCUGGCACGGAUUCAAUUGCUGCUCGUGGAGAGGAGUCAGUUGUAAUCUCCGCACAGGCCAUGUUUCUCGACUGGAUCUGAGUGGAUACAAUUUGGAAGGUAACAUCAGUUCAUCGCUGUUCCAACUUGCACGGUUGGAGAACCUCGAUCUCAGUGGCAACCUCUUCAAGGUGAACAUCUCUGUAAACAAAGAGUGGGGUGAAGAUGUUGGCAGUCUAUCCAACCUUCAACAACUCAGCAUGUCUGACUGUGGGCUUGGAGGACCAAUUCGCAAUUCCCUUCUCAACCUCACCUCUCUCCUUCACCUCGAUCUAUCAGAGAACUAUUUGUCAGCACAUAUACCAGCUUGGUUUGAAAAUGUGACUGGGCGCUUGGUCUCUCUUGAUCUCUCUGGGAAUUACAAUCUUGGAGGAGACCUUUCUUUCAUUGGACAACGAAAGUCUUCUUUGUCACUAACCAGCAUUGAUUUUUCAGGGACAGGCAUGAAGGGCCGAAUUCCAUCUGCUAUAUGGAAUAUCUCAUGCUUGGAGCAUCUUCGUCUUUCAGAUACUAGAAUUGAAGGUGAGAUUCCAGCUUCUAUAGGGAAUUUGUUGUCCUUGCAAAGUCUUGAUCUAUCAGCGACCAGAAUUGAAGGUGAGAUUCCAUCUGCUAUAGGGAAUGCGUUGUCGUUGGAAAGUAUUUCUCUGUCGGAUACCAGAAUUGAAGGUAAGAUUCCAUCUGCUAUAGGGAAUGUGUCGUCCUUGAAGAGUCUUUAUCUAUAUAAUACCUAUAUUGAAGGUGAGAUUCCUCUUUCCAUAGCUAAUCUCUCUAAACUUGUUGAAUUGGACCUGUCCUACAACAAGUUAACUGGGGUAAUCCCACCUUCAUUGGAUUCACUCUCUUCCCUUGUUAGUCUUGACCUUUAUGCCAACAAAUUGAAUGGUACGAUUCCAUCUACAAUUUCAAAUCUUGUUAACUUAAGAAGCCUUUCGCUCGGCUCCAAUAUGUUAAGCGGCCUCAUUUCCCUUUCCGUAUUCGACAAUCUCACUAGUCUUGAUAGCCUGUAUCUUUCUUACAAUCAGUUAACUGUAAACAUUGAUUCAACAUGGAUUCCGCAGUUUAAGCUUUCCUCUUUGGGACUAGGCUCUUGCAAUUUAGAUAGAAUUCCAUCGUUUCUUGUGACCCAAUAUGACUUGACAGGUCUGGACCUAUCUGCUAACAGUAUCCAAACAAAUAUUCCAUCUUGGAUAUGGAACUUACCCAGCCUUUAUAGUUUGAACCUUAGCUGUAAUCAAUUAACUGGGUCAUUGCCAUCUAGGCUAACCUUACCCAUGUAUUUUGACUCUCUAGAUUUGCACAAUAAUAGCCUAGAAGGUUCUCUUCAUCUUCCUCUCGCUGGAGCUUAUCUGCUAGAUCUGUCGAUGAAUCAGUUUAAUGGUUCUAUUCCUAGUCACAUCGGUGCGUAUCUUGAAAAUGCAAGGUUCUUAUCCUUGUCGCGGAAUAAUCUCAGCGGAGCGAUUCCAGAUUCUAUUUGCACUCCAUAUUUGCAGGUUCUUGACCUUUCAAAAAAUACGCUGAGCAGUGUCAUUCCUCCUCAUUUAACCAGGAAUUGUUCUUCUCUUAGUGUUCUAGAUUUGGCAGAGAAUCAUCUGGAAGGUAAAUUGCCAGCAGAGUGGGGCAACAUUACAAAGAUUCAUACAUUGAAGCUCAAUGGUAAUCAUUUGAGAGGAGUUAUUCCCUCAUCCAUUUCAGAAGGCCGAUCUCUGCAAGUAUUGGAUUUGGGAAAUAAUGAUUUGGAAGGCACCCUUCCCCACUGGAUUGGAAAGAUAUCACAGCUGCAUGUGUUGGUCUUAAGGUCUAAUCAUUUUCAUGGCAGUAUCCCACGCCUGGUAAUUGGCCUUCCGAAUCUUCAAAUUCUGGAUCUUUCUGGCAACCACCUUUCAGGAGCUAUUCCAAGCAACCUUACAAACCUGCUUGCAAUGGUCAAUGCAUCGCAGAAUAAUUCAAACCAUCUCGAAGAAUACAGUUCAACUGGUGCUACAUAUACAAAUCAGAUCAGAAUUUCCUGGAAAGGCUGGGAUGUUGAAUUUGUGAAAGUUCUCUUUAUUCUUAAAUGUAUUGAUCUUUCAAACAACAGUUUAUCAGGGAGCAUUCCUUUUAAAAUGGGAUCUCUUCAAGGCUUGAUAGCCCUUAACCUUUCAAGGAAUCAUCUCAGUGGCCGAAUCCCAAAAACAUUGGGACACAUGGAUCAGCUAGAGUCUCUGGACCUCUCGCUAAACAGGUUGAAUGGCAACAUUCCCUUAGAACUUGAGUUCCUGAGUUAUUUGGAGUUCUUGAAUCUAUCUUACAACAUGCUUGAUGGAAAAGUACCCCAUGGAGGACAGUUUCUAACUUUUGGGGAGUCCUCCUACUUAGGCAAUUCUAAGCUAAGUGGGAUUCCAUUUACCAAUAUAAGCGUGUGCAACAACUCUUCUGGCUAUGGCAACUGCACAAGUAUUGAGAGAAUUGGUGAAGCAAAGAAUUCAGAUGGUGAAAUGAUAGGAUGGGCAGUGGGACUUGGAUUGAGUUAUGGUUUGGGAUUCUUUGUUGUGAUUGGAGUAUUGACUUUAAAUAAAAGGGUGAGAAAGAGAGCCUUCGAUUUGUAUGAUGUUGUACUAUUAGCUAUUGAUGGGUGUAUAAGAGGUUCAUCUUUGAGGCAUGGGCUUAUUCGAUGCACAUGGUUUGCAGGCUAUUGGGCAGUCGUUGUAGAUGAUAACAGCACACUAGGUUACUGGCACGGAUUCAAUUGCUGCACCUGGAGUGGAGUCAGUUGUAACGUCCACACAGGCCAUGUUUCUCAAGUGGAUUUGAGUGGAUAUAAUUUGAAAGGUAACAUCAGUUCAUCGAUUUUUCAACUUGAACAGUUGGAACAUCUUGAUCUGAGUUACAACCUCUUUAAUGGUAAUUUCUCUCUACCCCAUUAUGGCAAGUUGAAGAGUUUCACUUUUCUUGACUUGUCAUCUGCUGGCUAUGUGGAUGAAUUCUCUGUAAGUGAGUUCUUUGUGAAUUUGGAAAGCUUAUCAAAUCUGGUGAGCUUGGAAUACCUCUCUCUUGAUGGAGUGAGCAUCUCUGCAAGCAAAGAGUGGGGUGAAGCUGAUCGCGGUCUAUCCAACCUUCAACAACUUAGCAUGUCUACCUGUGGGCUUGAAGGACCAAUUCCCAAUUCCCUUCUCAACCUCACCUCUCUCCUCCAUCUCAACCUUGCUGACAACUAUGUGUCACCGCAAAUACCAGCUUGGUUUGUAAAUGUGACAGCCCACUUGCUCUCACUUAAUCUCUCCAUGAAUAUCGAUCUUGGAGGGGACCUUUCUUUCAUUAGACAACAAAAGUCUUGGUCACUACCCAGUAUUGAUCUUUUACAGACAGCCGUGGAGGGAAAAAUUCCGUCCGAUAUAGGGAAUAUGUCAUCCUUAGAGAGUCUCGCUCUGUCGUAUACCAACAUUCAAGGUGAGAUUCCUCACUCCAUCACCAAUCUCUCUAAACUUGCUUACUUGGAUCUGUUCCACAGCAAGUUAACAGGGAUAAUCCCACCUUCGUUGGGAUCACUUUCUUCCCUUUAUUAUGUUGACCUCGGUUAUAACCUAUUGAAUACCUCAUUUCCGUCCACAGUUUCAGAUCUUGUUAACUUAAGAACCCUUUAUCUAGACUCCAUCAAUUUAGGAGGCUCCAUUUCCCUUUUUCUAUUCGAUAAGCUCACUAGACUCGAAUUGCUUGAUCUUUCAUACAAUCACUUAACUGUGAACGCUGAUUCAGCAUGGAUUCCACGGUUCGAGAAGCUCAACUUUUUGGGUUUAGGUUCUUGCAGUUUAGAUAGAAUUCCAUCGUUUCUUGUCAGCCAAUAUGACUUGGAACAUCUGGAGCUCCCCCUUAACAAUAUCAGAACUAUUCCAUCUUGGAUAUGGAAGUUACCCAGUCUUACUUAUUUGAACCUUAGUUGUAAUCAAUUAACAGGCUCACUGCCGUCUAGACUAAUAUCCAGGGCUGAUUUGUAUCUAGAUUUGAACAAUAACAGCUUAGAAGGUGCUCUUCCUGUUCCUGUUGCUGGUGUUAAGAUGAUGGACCUGACGAUGAAUCAGUUUAGUGGUUCUAUUCCUACUAAUAUUGGUGAACAUCUUCAGCAUACAGAGUUCUUAUCCUUGUCAAAAAACAAUCUCAGCGGAGCCAUUCCAGAUUCUAUCUGCACUUCAGAUUUGCAGUUUCUUGACCUUUCAAAUAAUAUGCUAAGCAGUAUGAUUCCUCCUCAUUUAAACAGGAAUUGCUCGCUCCUCAGGGUUCUAGAUUUGGCGAGACCUGGAAGGUCCAAUCAAUUUCAAGGCACUAUUCCACCCCAAGUAAUUGGCCUUCCAAAUCUUCAAAUUCUGUACCUUUCUGACAAGCACCUCUCAGGACCUAUUCCAAGCAAUCUUACAAACUUGCUUGCAAUGGUCGAUGCAUCACAAGAUGAUCCAGAAUAUCUUGAAGAAGAUACUUCAGAGAUAUUUACGGUUAAAAAGGUGUAUACAUAUAACACUGCAAUUCCCUGGAAAGGUGGGGAUGCUGAGUUUGGGAAAGUUCUUUUCAUUCUGAAAUAUAUUGAUCUUUCAAACAACAAUCUAUCGGGGAGCAUUCCUCUCAAAAUGGGACACCUCAAGGGCUUGAUAGCCCUGAACCUUUCAAGGAACCAUCUCACUGGAAAAAUCCCAAACACAUUGGGACGCAUGGAACAGCUAGAGUCUCUGGACCUCUCGCUAAACAGGUUGAAUGGCAACAUUCCUUUAGAACUUCAGUUGCUGAGUUAUUUGGAGUUCUUGAAUUUAUCUUACAACAUGCUUGAUGGAAAAGUGCCCCACGGAGGGCAGUUUCUAACCUUUGGGGAGUCGUCCUACAUAGGCAAUCCUAAGCUAACUGGAAUUCCAUUUACCAAUACAACAGUUGGCAAGAACUCUUCUGGCAUUGACAACUGCACAAGCAUUGAUACAGGUAGUGAAACGGAGAAUUCAGAGGCUGAAAUGAAAUGGUGGGUAGUGGGACUUGGAUUGAGUUAUGGUUUGGCAUUCUCUACUGUGAUUGGAAUAUUGACUUUCAAUAAUAGGGUGAGAAAGAGGGUCUUCAAUGUAUAUGAUGCUAUGAUUUUAGCCUUUGAUCUGUAUAUAAGAGGAAAUAGAUGA